AUGCACUUCUUCGCAGCAUGUACUUGCUUAUGGCUGGUGGCCCCGAUGGUUUUCGCCGACUUUGCUCUCGACUCUCCAGCUCUCAAUGCUCAACAAUUCCCGAUUGGACUGCCGCAAGACGGCCCUCUCACUCUCACGCGAACGACGACAAGGACGAGAUAUGACUUCGAGUACCACACCCUCACCAUGACAGAAGAAACUUCGAUCCCUGCGCAGACGACAGCCGAGCAUGCCAAUGAAGCGACAGACCCGGGCACGGCCUCGUGCGGCGAAACGGCGUGUGCAGUGUGCAGGUGGACAUCCAGCGAGUGCGAAUAUGGAACAACAGAAUGCCAUGAAUGCGACGCAAAGGCGUACUGCCAGUGUUGA